CUUUUAUUUAAAAUGCAUCUCUGGGUUUUUUGUGGGGCCUGCCUGGUGAUUUUACAUGAGUAGAAUGUGUCCUUUUAUUUAAAAUGCAUCUCUGGGUUAUUUGUGGGGCAUAGGAAUUCAUUCAUAUUUUUUUUCAAAAUAUAGUCUGGCCCCCCCACAAGGUCUGAGGGACAGUGGACCAGCCCCCUGCUGAAAAAGUUUGCUGACCCCUGGAUUAAAUUGUAUUUCAAAAUCUAAACAUUAAAAAUAUCUAUUCAUAAACAACACACACACACACACCACUCACACAUGAAAACAAAGUUCACCACAGCCAAUCACAAACAAACAACCACACCCCUAGGCCAACCCCAACCUCUCUUGCCACCAAAGGAAUGCAAGCGAAUAGUAAAGAGAACCCGCACAAGCAACACUGACAAACCCCCACACAUACAUUAAGUAGAAUAGAAACAUUGCCACCCGACCCCACCCCUGCUCACCAAGCCCCCCUCCACCUCUUUCCCCCUUUUCUUCCUAAUGUAACACUAAUGUCUCAACAAAUGAAACUGAUCUGUAGAAAAUGUAACUUGAGAAAAAAAGACAUUGCACAUAGUUCAUCUUCAGGUUUUCUCUGGCUGUUGGGUGAACUAAAAACAAAACAAAACAAUAUGUUCAGUAGCUGGUCCAUUUUUUAAUGCCGAAUGUGUCUCAGUAUAGGUGUGUUGAUGGGAAACACAGCAGGCACAGAUUAGAUUGUAUGGAAACUCAAGGGGUUUCCAUACAGCGCCAACCCAGGGCACAUUGAGCCAAAGGACGCGGGUGGCGCUGUGGUCUAAACCACUGAGCCUUUUGGACUUGCUAAUCAGAAGGUCGGUGGUUUGAAUCCCUGUGACGGGGUGAGCUCCCGUUGCUCUGUCCCAGCUCCUGCCAACCUAGCAGUUCGAAAGCACACCACUGCAGGUGGGAAGUAAACGGCGUUUUCGUGCGCUCUGGCACUCACCAAGAAUUUUCUCACCAAGAAUUUAGGUAAGUAUUGACAAGAAAUCAUUGCCGUUCUUAGUUUCAGAUAGCUGCUAGACUGGUGUGAUGGCAAUUAGCUGCCCAUGUGCACCUUGUCUUGAACUUCCUGGAGAGAUGGGAGAAAAUAGUGGUUGUUCUGAGUCUCUUCCCUUAGUAGCCUGAUCUGUUGUCUAGGUCAUGCCUUUGGGAUGAUGAGUUCAUAUUUCCCUCACCUUGUUGUAUGUACUAGGAAUCCUAUGGGGAUCCUCUUUGUUGCUCUGUUAUUGUUGGCAUCCGUCUGUCUCGGGAGACAAUGGAGGAGUUGCACUUUUGCAGGUGAAGUCACAACUGUUGGAAUAUUUCAGUGCCUGCUGUAUGGGAUAGACAUGCUUUGUUGCAGCUGGGGCACAUGAAGGCAUCCGGUUGUGCUUCUACGCUCCUUCCUGCUCUGUAUAACAGAAAUAAUACAUGUACAUUUGGAUACUACAAGGGGUUUGAGUGGCAUUAACAAAAUACUUCUGAGUGAAGGCUUUCUGACAGAUUUCUGAAUACAAAUUCAUGGAAGCUAAGGUUAUAAAUGGAUACUGAUGGUUAUGUGCUACCUACUUCCAGGUUCAGAGACAACAUCCUUCUGAAUAUCAGCUGUUGGGAUACAACAACAGUCUUGGUCUCAAUUCCUGUUUAUCAGCUUCCAAAAGAUUUCUAGUUGGCUGCUGUAUGAAAGAGGAUGGUGAACAAAAUAGGAUUCUGAAAUGAGAAUGGCCUGGCUCUGACCCCAGAAUGUGCACAUUCUUCUUUUCUCUGCUUUCCAACUAAACAAGAUCCUUCAUCCCUCUCCUCCUCAAAGAAGGCAAUGUAUUGCUCUUGGAGAAGAAGUAAUAUACUCCCUAAAUUUGAUGAUAAUGAAAAUACAGAAGAAAGAAAAACAGCUGCCAAAUUUUAAUGUGCUAAGUCAUUCCCCAAUGUCUGAUGCCUCCAUCACCUUUGAAUGCAAGCCACAGUCCCCUUUUGCUGACAGUACAGAUCAGGAAGAUUUGCAUGACCUGGUGACAAUCUCUGACUUGGCCAGCGUGAGCCUGGCCCAGAAGGACCAGCAGGAUGUGGUGCCUGUUGAGGUGCCUGAUGAGAUUGUGCAGAACAUGGUGACAUCCCUUAAUGGGAUGCAGGACGACAGGGGUGGGGGCGCCGGGGUGAAGAAGAAACGGAAGAAAAAAGAGCUGGGGCAGCAGGAACCAGGGGGUGAAAGAGAAACCAAACCAAAGAGAAAGAGAGAGCCUAAGGAACCAAAAGAACCCAAAAAACCCAAGGAGCCUAAGAAGGCCAAGGAGCCCAAGCAGGAGGGGGUGAAGAAACCCAGGAAGCCUCGGGAGCCCAAGGUCCCAAAGGAGCCUAAAGAGAAGAAGAGCAACUCGGAGUCUCCCCCCAAAGCCAGACCCAAGAAGACCAGCACGGAGCAAGGACCAACUCCUGUUGAGAAGAAGAAAAAAGGGAAAAGGAAAAAUGACACUUCAGUGGACAGCCUUGAGCUGGAUCAAAGCCUCCUUUCACUGUCUGGGCAGAGCCCUGAGGAGUCUGCUGAAUCAGCUGACAGCCAGAAGCGCCGCUCUGGCCGCCAGGUGAAGCGCAGGAAGUACAACGAAGACCUGGAUUUCAAGGUGGUGGAUGAUGAUGGUGAAACAAUUGCUGUUCUGGGAGCUGGUCGGGCUUCUGCUCUCUCUGCAUCUACCUUGGCCUGGCAGGCAGAGGAGCCUCCCGAGGAUGAUGCUAACAUCAUUGAGAGGAUCCUUGCCUCCAGGAUGGUGCAGAAGGAGACCUACCCAGGAGGAGCAACUUACGAGCAGGAAGAGUUCUACGUAAAGUACCGCAAUUUUUCUUACUUACACUGCAAAUGGGUCACAAUGGAGGAGCUGGAGAAAGACCCACGCAUCUCCCAGAAGAUCAAGCGUUUUCGCAAUAAGCAGGCCCAGAUGAAGCACAUUUUCACUGAGCCUGAUGAAGAUAUGUUCAACCCAGACUAUGUGGAAGUUGAUAGAAUUUUGGAGGUGGCUCACACGAAGGACUCUGACACUGGGGAGGAGGUGACUCACUACCUGGUGAAAUGGUGCUCAUUGCCUUAUGAGGAAAGCACCUGGGAGCUGGAGGAAGAUGUCGACCCUGGAAAGAUCAAAGAGUUUCUCUCUCUGCAAAUCCAACCAGAAAUCAAAUCUUUGGAGCGCCCUGCCUCUGAGUCCUGGCAAAAGUUAGUGAAAACUCGGGACUAUAAGAACAACAACCAGUUGCGGGAGUACCAGCUGGAGGGAAUGAAUUGGCUGCUCUUUAACUGGUACAACAGGAAGAACUGCAUUCUGGCUGAUGAAAUGGGUUUGGGGAAGACAAUCCAGUCCAUUACAUUCCUCUCUGAGAUAUACCUGAUGGGCCUUCGGGGGCCGUUCCUCAUCAUUGCCCCACUCUCCACAAUCACAAACUGGGAGAGAGAGUUCCGCACGUGGACAGAGAUGAAUGCCAUUGUGUACCACGGCAGCCAGAUAAGCCGCCAGAUGAUCCAGCAGUAUGAGAUGGUGUACCGGGAUCCACAGGGUAAUCCUCUUUCAGGGCUCUUCAAAUUUCAUGUAGUCAUCACCACCUUUGAGAUGAUCCUGGCUGACUGCCCAGAGCUGAAGAAAAUCCAGUGGCGCUGUGUGAUAAUCGAUGAGGCCCAUCGGCUCAAGAACAGGAACUGCAAAUUACUGGAAGGACUGAAACUCAUGUCUCUGGAACACAAAGUGCUCCUGACUGGGACACCCUUGCAGAACUCAGUGGAGGAGCUCUUCAGCCUGCUGAACUUCUUGGAACCACAGCAGUUCCCAUCUGAGACAGCUUUCCUGGAAGAGUUUGGGGACCUCAAGACAGAGGAACAGGUAAAAAAGCUCCAGUCCCUCCUGAAACCCAUGAUGCUGAGACGGCUGAAAGAUGAUGUGGAAAAGAACCUAGCACCCAAACAGGAGACCAUCAUUGAGGUAGAACUGACCAACAUCCAGAAAAAAUACUACCGGGCUAUCCUGGAGAAGAAUUUCAGCUUCCUGUCCAAGGGUGCUAACCAGCACAACAUGCCUAACCUCAUCAACACCAUGAUGGAGCUGCGCAAGUGCUGCAACCACCCCUACCUCAUCAAUGGGGCAGAGGAGAAGAUCCUGGAGGAUUUCCGUAAAACCCACAGUCCAGAUGCUCUUGACUUCCAGCUACAGGCGAUGAUCCAGGCAGCAGGCAAGCUGGUGUUGAUUGAUAAGCUGCUGCCGAAGCUGAUUGCAGGCGGGCACAAGGUGCUGAUCUUCUCCCAGAUGGUGCGCUGCCUUGAUAUCCUGGAGGAUUAUCUCAUCCAGAGGCGAUACACCUAUGAGCGCAUUGAUGGGCGGGUGCGUGGGAAUUUACGGCAGGCUGCCAUUGACCGCUUCUGCAAGCCGGAUUCAGACCGCUUUGUGUUCUUGCUCUGUACACGGGCAGGAGGGCUGGGCAUCAACCUUACUGCUGCUGACACCUGCAUCAUCUUUGACUCGGACUGGAAUCCACAAAAUGAUCUGCAGGCUCAGGCUCGCUGCCAUCGGAUAGGCCAAAGCAAGGCAGUGAAGGUCUAUCGCCUCAUCACUAGGAACUCUUAUGAGCGGGAGAUGUUUGACAAGGCCAGCUUGAAGCUAGGCUUGGACAAAGCGGUGCUGCAGGACAUAAAUCGCAAGGGGAGCAACAAUGGGAAGGUGCAGCAGCUCUCAAAGAUGGAGGUCGAAGAUUUAUUACGAAAAGGCGCUUAUGGGGCUUUGAUGGAUGAAGAAGACGAAGGCUCCAAGUUCUGUGAGGAAGAUAUUGACCAAAUCCUGCAACGCAGAACCCAGACCAUCACUAUCCAGACUGAAGGGAAAGGCUCCACAUUUUCCAAGGCCAGUUUUGUUGCUUCCGGAAACAGAACUGACAUUUCAUUAGAUGAUCCCAACUUCUGGCAGAAAUGGGCAAAAAUAGCAGAGCUGGAUACAGAUGCAAAAAAUGAGAAGGAGAGCCUGGUGAUUGAUAGGCCCCGUGUCCGUAAACAGACCAAACACUACAAUUCCUUUGAGGAGGAUGAACUUAUGGAGUUCUCUGAACUGGACAGUGACUCCGAUGAGCGACCCACACGCUCGCGACGCCUCAAUGAAAGAACACGUCGCUACCUACGGGCAGAAUGUUUCCGUGUGGAGAAGAACCUGCUCAUAUUUGGCUGGGGGCGCUGGAAAGACAUAUUGACCCAUGGCCGGUUUAAAUGGCAUCUCAAUGAGAAAGACAUGGAAAUGAUCUGCCGAGCACUCCUAGUCUACUGUGUCAGACAUUAUAAGGGAGAUGAGAAGAUUAAGAGUUUUAUCUGGGAUUUGAUCACUCCCACAAAGGAUGGACAGAACCAGGCCCUACAGAACCAUUCAGGCUUAUCAGCCCCAGUGCCAAGAGGAAGGAAAGGCAAGAAAACCAAGAACCAGAUGCUGCUCCCUGAGAUCAAGAAUGCUGACUGGCUCACCACCUGCAAUCCAGAGAUUGUCUUACAUGAUGACAGCUACAAAAAACAUCUGAAACAACAUUGCAACAAGGUGCUGCUGCGUGUACGGAUGCUCUACUACUUGAAAGCUGAAGUGUUGGGGGAGGCAGCCGACAAAGCCUUUGAAGGAACUCCUGCCAAAGAUCUGGAUUUCCUCCUGCCAGACAUUGACUACAUAGAAAUCCCUGUGGAUUGGUGGAAUGCUGAGGCAGAUAAAUCCCUCCUUAUUGGAGUUUUCAAACAUGGUUACGAAAGGUACAAUGCUAUGCGAGCCGACCCAGCCCUAUGCUUCCUUGAGAAGGUAGGCAUGCCAGAUGAGAUGCUGCUGUCUGCAGAGCAGAGUGUCAUCGAUGGAGUGCAGGAUGCUCCAGAAAGAGGGAACGUGGAUAAAGAAGAAACAAGUGCAGAGAAGCUGGACGGGCUGCAGAAACAGGAGGAGACUUCAGAUGGUUGUGGUGAAGUAACUGAGAAGAAGGAGGACACCAUGGCAGCCCAGGAUGGCUCCGACCCAGACAAAUCCAGCUGGCCUGUGUCAUCCGCCCUCACAGCCAGACUGCGGCGUCUCGUCACUGUCUAUCAGCGUUGCAACCGUAAAGAGCUCCCUACUAGGCCUGAGAUCAUUGGGCCUUGUAACCAUGGUUAUUGGCUGCAAGAGGAGAUGUUUAGGAGAGCCAACGAGAUGGACCCUAUCAACAAGGAAAUGCAGAAAAGAUGGACCAGAAGAGAUCAAGCAGAUUUCUAUCGCACUGUCUCUUCAUUUGGGGUAAUGUACGAUCCAGAGAAGAAGGUUUUUGACUGGACCCAGUUCCGAUCCAUUUCACGUUUGGAGAAGAAAACUGAUGAGAGCCUCGAGAAAUAUUUCUAUAGCUUUGUUGCAAUGUGCAGGAACGUCUGCCGCUUGCCCCACUGGAAAGAAGAUGGCCCAGCUGAUCCUAGUAUCUAUGUGGAACCAAUCACUGAGGAGCGUGCCGCAAGGACCCUAUACCGAAUCGAACUGCUACGGAAGGUCCGUGAGCAAGUGCUGAGGUGUCCGCAGCUGCACGAGCGGCUCAAGCUUUGCCGCCCAAGCCUGUACCUUCCCGUGUGGUGGGAGUGUGGUAAGCAUGACCGGGAUCUGCUCAUCGGUACGGCUAAACAUGGGCUGAACCGCACGGACUAUUAUAUCAUGAAUGACCCCCAGUUGUCAUUCCUGGAUGCCUACAGAAACUAUGCUCAGCACAAAAGGACAGGGGUCCUUGGAACAGAAAACUUGUGUUGCCACCACCAAGCAAAUUCUAAGCUGUAUUGCUCCCCUUCAUACAAUCAGGUGGAAAGAAAACAUGAAUCUCCGGAGACCGAAACGGAGCGCUGUCUCAAGCUAGUGGGCUCAGGCAAUAGUCUCUCGCGGACAGACAACAUCUCUCAGGAUAGCAGCUGUGAAAAUUUCAUGUCGAAAGUCCGGGGUAUGAUUUCCAUUAACUAUGAUGAGAGCUCUUUGCCUGACUCUCUGAUGUGCAUGAUGUAUGAUGAGAAGGCGUGCAACAGCGAACAUAGCUCCCUUGCCCGAGACAGUCCCAGCUGCACAGAUGUCAGUAGCAAUACUACCAAAAUAGCAGAGGGCAAAAUAGAUGGGGAUGAAGAUCUAUCUAGCUGUGAUGCUGAGACCACAAGAGAGCCCUCCUACCUAGAUCACUUGCAAUUUGGCAGUGACCAAACGGAGGGUCCGAAUGCAGCCCAGGAGCCCUCAUCUAAGGAAACUAAGCCCUCCCAGAGCUUUAUUGUGGAACCCUGUAAUGCCCUUGAGCAUAUAGAGAGUCCGUACGCUAACCCAGGAUCAGUACCGUUUGAAAGAGAUGGCAUGGAAGGGGUCCUGAGCAUAGGAGUGUUUGGCCCCAGUCUCCAUAACUUUGAUAUCAAAGACCAUCCCGAGAAGAGAUUCAUGGGCUUGUUGCAUGAAAAGGGCUUGGAAGAGAAAUCGGUGCAAAGUCAGAGCCACAGUGAAGAAGAGGAGGAGGAAGAGGAGGAGGAAGAGGAAGAUCAUUUAGAGGCAGCUGCUGACACUGUGGAAGAUUUGAGAGGUUGCUUAAAGACCCCAGAUGGUGGUGAAGACAAACCCAUUGUGCAAGAGGAGCAAAGGCAUAGUUCAUGUCUUCUCACUACUCUGGAUGCAAUCAUGAAGGAAAGGAAUAAGGAGCUGGUUGAGUCGAUCUCGAGUGAGCAGGCAGCAUCCAAAUGUGAUAGUGAGCACGGGGCUGGCGAGGACGAUCAAGCUGAAUUUGAGAGCCUCGAGGAGCACACCCCAGUCUUGCAAGAGAUCCAGACCUGCCACCAUCACCACUACCACCAUUCUGCACAAAGCCAGGCGUCAGCAAUUCAGAUGGAGCUCCUUAAGUCACAUCCUGUUUGUAUGGAGGCAGACCCCUGGGGAGAUGACACAGAGGAGAAAAGGGGCAGUCCUGUUCCACAGCCUCUCUGUGGGAAUGAAAUGAAGAAGGAAGAGGAAGAGUGUGAGAAUCAAGACCUAGAGAAGAGGGAUGAAAGCAGCCAAAAUCAAGAUUGUUUUGAGAAGUUUUCUGAAGAUGAAAGUAAGAGUUCCACAUUUGUUGUUCCUGGAGAGAUUGAUGAACUGCAAGAUGUCCGGGCACCUACCAUUGCUCAGCUUCUGCAGGAGAAGACACUCUACUCUUUCUCAGAGUGGCCUAAGGAUCGAGUGAUCAUUAACCGCAUAGACAACAUCUGUCAUGCCAUCUUAAAGGGCAAGUGGCCUUCUUCCAGCCAGCCAUUUGAAAUACAAACUGUGAUGCCGACUCCUGCAUUAUCCAACAGUACUGGCAAUAGAAACAGCUACACUGAACCAGAGGCCUCCGAACCCAGCUUCAGCAAUGGAGUGAUAGCUGCACAGGUCCAGAAGGACGGUUUCCUGGCGCCCACUUUCGUCAAGGAUGAACACAAGCACAGGCAACCAUAUGAAUUUGAGAUGGAGAGAGAUGCCAAGCAGAGGAGCCUUGAACAGCUAGUGGCUUCCCACCCCCACCCUUCCAUUGUGUUGAACGGCUGGCGGGAUGCAGCAGUGGACCUCUCAAGAGUGCCUGAUGGGUCACCAGCAAGCAGCUCUCCUUUCUCCCUGAGCACAAAUAUACCUAAGCUAGGGACAGUGAAUGCUCUGCAGGGCUCCCUUGGCAUGGACUUGUCUGGUAUCCUUCAGGCAGGGUUAAUUCAUCCUGUCACAGGACAGAUCGUCAAUGGGAGUCUACGGAGAGAUGAUGCUGCCAUGAAGAGGAGACGGGGCAGGAGAAAAAAUGUGGAAGGGAUAGAUCUCAUAUUUUUGAAGGAGAGAACCCUCCAGACAGGGCUGUCAGAAGAUCAAACCCAGACUGUACCAAGUAAUCCUAACCCUGAUGGGCCAGCCAUUACUACCUCAAGUCCGCAGACGGUUCCAGGCACUAAUGUCCAGGCAGAGAAGAUUGUUCCAAAUAAGAGUCUUCUGGACUGGCUGAGACAGCAGUCUGACUACACGCUUGAAAUCCCUGGCUUUGGCACAAACUUUUCAGAAAAGCCUAAACAAAGGAGACAGCGCUGUAAGGACCCUAGCAAAUUGGACAUAAAUUCUCUCACAGGGGAGGAACGCGUGCCUGUGGUCCAUAAGGGUACUGGGAGGAGGUUAGGGGGAGCCAUGGCACCAGCACUGAAGGAACUGCCAAGGUGGCUUGAUGCAAACAUGGAGUAUGCUGUUGCAGCAGACUGGUCUGACAUAGUUAAGCUUUCAGGUUUUUUACCUGAAAGCAAGUUUAAUCGUAUUCUGACUGAGCCUGUACUCCGAGAUGCUGGGCCUCGACGGAGAGGAAGGAGGCCAAGGAGUGAACUUUUUAAAGCUCCUGGCAUAGUAGCAGAUGCUUCUUCUGGAAUGGGACCAUUAUUCAUGAACGGACUCAUUGCUGGAAUGGAUUUAGUAGGACUUCAGAAUAUGAGAAACAUGCAAGGCAUUCCUUUAACUGGGCUGGUUGGGUUUCCUGCUGGAUUUGCAGCAAUACCUGCUGGCGAGGAUGUCAAAAGUGCUCUGAGUAUGUUGCCGAUGAUGCUUCCAAGCAUGGCUGCUGUACCACAAAUGUUUGGUGUUGGAGGACUUCUUAAUACAUCAAUGACAACUGCCUGUACUUCAGCUGCUCCAACUUCAUUAGCAAGCACAACUAAAAGUGGUACGUCACAUGCAGAAAAUGAUGCUGAAGACAAACAAAGUGGCCAAGGUGCAAAAACAGAAACUCUGUCUGAAGACAAAUCUGGUCCUAGUUCAUUUUCUGAUCAGUCAGAACCCGCAAUAACUACCAGUAGUCCUGUAGCUUUUAACCCGUUUCUUAUUCCAGGAAUGUCAUCUGGACUGAUCUAUCCCUCAAUGUUUCUUUCUCCUGGUAUUGGUAUGGCAUUGCCAGGCUUUCAGCAAACCAGACACUCAGAGGCAACAAACCUAGAAAGUCAGAAACGGAAGAGGAAGAAAACUAAAGGGGAACUUGCAACUGCAGAACCAGAAACUCUCUCACUGUCCGACAAGGAACAUGCAAACAGUCAAAACUGUACAGAACAAACACCAUCUGUGUCAGAAGAGAAUGAACAGGAUGUACCAGCGGAGGAGGAGGAAGAAGAGGAAUUCAAAGAUAUUAAAGAUAUCAAUUAGAACUUUUGUUUUGUUCUGAAAAAAUAAUAUUGUGGCUUGUAAGUUUCUCAUCCCAUAAAUAUUUGUUACAGCCCUCUGUUCCCACUUCACCUUCAUAAAAAAAACCUGUGUUUCUAUAAGUAAUAUUAUCUACCUAAUUCCUGGUAAGAUAACUAUGGUGACAUGUUAAUAGUUGCAGGGUCUUGCCAUAGAGAUAAGCAGUGUUCUAUAAUUGGUACGGGAGGCAGAAAUUUCUUGUUCAGAUGUCCAGCUGUUCAUCCCUCCCUUCUCCAAAACAGUAGUAAAUAAGUACUUGGUGAUUGCCAAAACUGCUUGCUUGUUUGAGAGGGGAAAUAAUCUCAAUAAGACAAUGCUUCUCUAAUGAUGGAAACACAAACACAGGAAAAGGUAGAUGUUUUUACAAAGACACUGAAUUUAAAAAAUCUUGUAUUUUGGGGUAAAAAGCACAGUUAUAGUAAGUGCUAAUGUGUAUUUUUUGAUUUAAAGUAUUUCCCUAUUUUAUCAUGGUUACUAGAUUAGUAGUAUAGACAGAAGUAUAUAACUAAUGAUUGAAAAUGCAUAUAUUCAUUUCUUUUUCUUUUUUAAAAAAAAGGCAUUAAUGGUAGAUAAUUUCCUCCUGUUCACACUACAAAGUUUUGGAAACAAACUGCUGUAAGUGAAAAGAUUACCUGAACUUUUAUAUUUCUAAAACCAAAUCUUGCUUUAUGUUUAAGGUGGAUUUCAGUUGUCCUUUUUUUGAUUUUAGGCCAUUUCCAGCUCCUGCUGAGAAGCUGACGCACAUCUUGCAUUAUUAUUUUUUUAAUGCAGAGGCUGGAGCUUAAUAACUUCCAGUUUUUUUUAUUUUUCUAUUAGCCGUUUCUCACAAAGGCCCUUAACAAUAAUUCCCCCUUCCCCAAUGAAGAAUAAACAACUGGUUUUAAUCUUCUUAUGAGGGAACAGGAUUGGCUUUUAUCAAUUCUUCUACCCUAAAAAAUGUUAUUUUUUGAAAUCAGAAUUUUUAAAGCUGUGAGAUGGGCUUUUGUUAAGGACUGUUGACAGUUUCAAAGCUUGAGUUUAGCCUCUGUUUCUAGUAUUAGACUGUGAAGAAAACGUUUUUGCUCCCCCUUUCCAUUCCUCUUGAUCCCGUUCACUGUUCAAUGGUAUUUCCCAAUAUCUCUGCACAUACAUUUUGUGUAAGUGUCUCAAAUGAAACCCCUUAAAAACAUAAGUAGGCUUCCAAAGCUCAGUGUGUUGAAACGCCCUCCACAGGUAAUCUUUACAUAGCCCUCUUUAUUUCCACUCCUAUAUCACUUUUCUUUCACUUGGGCUUGUUCUAAUUUAUAGCUCAUGGUUCGAGACUUGAAAAAAUACACACUUUGUGGUGCGAUGCUUAAAUGGCAGACCAUUAGAGGGGCUUCGGAGUGUAUGCUCGUAUUCAGAUUCACAUUUGGUUUGUCACAAUUUACUGUAUUUUUUACUUAUUUUUUUCUGUUACAGUUUUGCUAAUUUAUCAGAUGGUCCAAAUGUUUUGACAUAACUAUUUCAGUUUGCAUUAUUUAUUUAUGAUGCUUUUUUCAUUGUCUUUUAUACAUUUGGGAUUAUAAAGUAUGUACAUGUUACAAUUAGCAUCUCAAGAAGUCUGUUACCCAUGAACUAAAAUUAAGUCUGUAUGUUGCAGUGAAUUUAUUCUGAGUUUUCUGGGUUGGAAUCAAUUUCAACAAUUUAUGAUUAUGCUAUUGCAAGAGAUUGAAUGAAAUAGGCCCUAUUUAAAUAGCACCCUGUAGCACAGAUACUGUAUCACUCUUGACAGAUUUCUUAGAAAUGCUGCUAUCUGUUUAACUAACAUUUUGUUCAGUUUUGCCUCCAGUGGAAGCAGAGAGGUUUUUUCAGCUGUUAAAUCCAAAAUCAAUAUAAUUUAUUUAUGUAAAAAAAAAAAUCACUUGAUAUAUUUUUGAACCUUUUACGUACUAACUUUUUAUUUAGUAGAAAACAUGUACUUGCCCUAAAUCCUUAAAAUACAAAUGCUAUAAAACUUCAUAUAUCUUGAAAGCCUUACUGUGAAUGGAUGCAGGUCUCUCUAUCUGGAGUCUAUUUGUAAUAUAUAAAAAGAUUAUUUGCCAGAGCUACACUCGUAAGGAACAGGGUUGAGACUAAAUUUUUAUUUAGUUUGUCAGCAUGUGCUAUAUACCUUGUUCUUUCUUAUUUAAUGUGUGUGUGUCUGAGUGUGUAGGUUUCUCUUUGACUUUUAAUGUGUGACUCUUUUGCAGUGAUGGAGCUACUCUGGCUUAUUUACAAUGAAAGGCAUCAAUGGCUACUCCCCCCCCCAAUAACCAUCUUAAGAGAACAAAUGCAGAUUUCCCACUUAUUUCAUGAACACUCACAUAAACAUAGAUGCUUCAUCAAAUGUGCUAUUAAAAUAAACUGUCUGUGCUUGUAAAAAAUGAUAAAUAGAUUUAAAAGUCAGAUUUUUAAUUUUUUAAUUUAGUGCCUAUAUCAUGCGUUUUUAAAAAUAUUGGCAGAGCCUUGCGAAAGUUGUAUAUACUUUUUUCUAGGAAAUCUAUUUCUGAUUGUUUUGCUUGACUUGGAACUAAACAUGACUUGCCUUUUUCUCAGCAUGAGCACUGUUUUGGCCUGUAGAUUAUCUUUCUUUCAUAUUACUUCCCAUACGACCCAAGAAGCCCCACUGUAUAAACUAUGCAUUACUUUUAUGACUGGGUAGAUUUGAUUUAAUUGCACAAUACAAUACUUACAUACUUUUCAGCAAACUAAACCACAAUACUAUUUUAAGCCAUCCUUCUAUCAGUGCUUUGAAAUAUUCUUUAACAUUAACAUUCCAUAUUGUUUUGGUACCCAGCUGGAUGGAGGUUUCCAAGCUACACAACUAGAGAUAUUUCCAGCUCAAGGACCAGAAGACGCUAAGAGAGUUUCCUCAUUUAAAAUAAUCCAGUAAUACGGUACAUGUACAUCCCACGGUGAAUUUGCACAGCACAUCUAAUUAGCAAAAAUAAAGUAUGCAUUGGUGGUUUCACCUGUUUAGAUCCUGAGAAUUUCAAUUCAAAAACAGUCAUGGUGAAGGGUGUCAGUAACUGUUUCCAAUGUAACACUUCUAAAACUCUCUAAGACACUAUCGUGCUCUUAGGAAUAUUUUAUAGUGAUGUCUUUAUUUCUUAAAUCUACCAGUAUUCCUUAAGAAACAGAAACAAUGUAUUUCAGAGUGAAACAAACUGUAGGAGGUUUGGAUUAUUGCAUCAUGCAACAGAUUGGCCAAGAUAUAAGGACCUCAAAUGCUGAGCCUUUGGAUAUAGGACAGCCACAAUAUAAAAACAAUUAAAUGUUUUGUUAUGCAGUGUUUGACUUGAGCAGAAAUCUCAUUUUCAUCCCAUAAAUGUUUAUAUGUUGUUUGUUAUCCAGAAUCUCUUAUAAUAAUAUAAUUCACCAACCAGCCUCAAUGUUGUAUGGGUAUGGAUUGUGUCUUGAUAGAUUCCCCUUCUGUUUGGGAGGCCAGAGAAUGCUGUUAUUUGUGCAGCAGGCAGGCCUGAAAUGGCUUACCAAACUACAGAAGCUGAAGCCCAUUAUUUUAUGCCUUGAACUAGAUUUAGUGUCAACUAAGAAACCACCUGAUUACUGAAUGAUUUACUUGAAUGGAGAACUAUAAAGGAGGUCUGACUACCUUCUGAACAUCUUUUCCUGCCAUCACAACAGAAUGAUAAUUUAUCAGAGAUAUGUCAACAUUUACUUCCCAUCUCAGUUCAACAAUUACCAGUACCUCCUUUUUCAAAUGUGUUAAAAGCACUGCUAUUCCUGAUAAGUUUUUAAAUCCUGAAACCACCCCACUUGUCGCUUUCCCCCAAUACAGCCCUAGUUCAUAGCAUCCAAGAUAUAGAAUUUUCUGGUCAACCGAUGAGCCAAAUGUCCCAUCUCUCAAGUAUAUUUAAAGGCGAUAACAGAAGAAAAAAUAGUUUCCUUCCAAACUGCAGAAAGAAAGUAUGUUGAGGAGCCCCCAGGCCAAUCAGCUAAUGACUCAUUUCAGAAGACUGAUAACUGGGUUCUAAGUGUGCUGUCUCAAUGGGUUGUUUUUAAAGCUGUUGAUUAAAGUAUUUUUGAUCAUUUUUUUAAAAAAUGAUUAAGUGGUUGGUAAAAUUAAAUCUACAUGUAAUCAAGUGUACAUUUUUGAGAUAUUGAAGGACAACCUAUGGUCAAAGAAACCAAAGCUACCAAUUGUUGGAAAGAGAGGCUAUUAAUUUUUUGUUGUUCCUUUUCAUUUUAUUUAAUUUUUCAUAUUUCCUCACCAAAAUUAGAAUACUUCAGCAAUGUGUACCUUUAAUUGUCAGAGCCUACUGGAUUAAAAUUUGUCUCCAUUAGUUAGAAUCAACCCACAACAACUGAGCAAUUUACUCAUUUGUUGAUUAAUCAAAUUAAGUUGAUACAUGUUCACAGCGCUAGUAAUUUUAUCUACCUGACUAGGGUAACACUACAACCUUUUGCCCCCCAAACCUAAAAUGGUGGUACUCUGAGUGGCUUCAGUUGGCAUAGUCCAUUGAACUUGCAUGGUUCCAGAUCAUGCAAUAACUUAACAUGGCUCACAAAUUGGUUGCACACUAUUUUCCAAGAAUUUCUUCUGGGUAGUUUGAGGGAGUGAUUUUGAACACUAAUCAUACAUGCAAUCUGCCUACCUUGGUGACACUGGCUCCAUAGCACUGCCCCAGUCUGAGAAGUAUCUUGGACUGAGAUAGUGGGUGGUCUCCUUUGUCUUGAGCCAAUGGCUUACUUUUCAGUGUAGGUUCUCCCUAAUCUAGAUGAGAACUGGAAAAAAUGCAAGCAUAAAUUGAAACCAACAACCUGGUGUGUGUGCAUGCGCCUUGUUUGUCUUAUUUCUUACCUCAGGUUUGUAAAUUAAAAUGCUUGAUUUGUUUAAUCAGCCAGAGUUUUUCCUCUCUCAUUUGUAAACAGUCUUUGAGAACAAGGACCAAACAUUGCUUAUAAAGCAUUUUUAUAGCCAUGAUAGUGCCAUUUAAAAAGAAAGAAAGAAAAGUCCAAAAAGUUAGGGCAGAGUUAGGGAAGUAGUAUACUGUACUGUAUACAGGAACAAUUCUACUAUAGCAAAGUAUACUUAGCCAGCCUUAUAAAAAAGAACAAAACCCUAGAGGGGUGGGAUGACCAUCUUGGGUAAUAAAUAGCAGCCCUUCCUUGUCUCUGUUUAUUACUUUUUAUGACGUGAAAGGUGUGGCUCGAGCUCGCCUCGGCCAGAACUGACCUCCCCCAACAUCGAAAAUUCCUUCCAGAGACCAACUAAGUUUGUCAUUGGUA